AUGACUGUUGCUUUCCUAUUAUAUAUUUUAACAAUAUUCUUCGUGUCCAGAAUUUUCGGUAGUGACGACGUGGUAUGUGUUCCCGCCGAGGGGGGAAACGAACAGUGUAUUGAAAGUUUUAAUGGAGUAAGAGAGAACAUUUUAUUAUUAAACCAGACUAUCAAGGAGAACAUUGACAAGUUGAACAAACAUUGUCAAGAAUUUGAAAAAUGCUCAGAGACUUUGAAGUGUGGUGCUGAAAAAGAAUUAAUUGAUUUAGUUGACGAUGUGAAUGCAUUCUGCGAGGCUUCUAUAUUCCGUCAUACACCACUUUUUUGA